AUGUCUACACUUCCUACUCUUAUCUGCCUGCACGGUGGCUUCCACGGACCAGGAUAUUGGGGUCCCCUUGUAUCUCUGCUAGCUGACAAGGGGUUCCGAUCUAUCACACCGCACUUGUUGUUCGGUGGUACCGAUAAGCCGAUUCAAUCUCUAGAACCAGUGAUCGAACAGGUGGCAAAGCUUGUGGCCGAGGAAACCAGCAAAGGCAAAGAUGUUGUGAUGAUCAAUCAUUCCUUCGGGUCGUUCGCUGGCUGCAGUGCGAUCAAAGGCUUCACCAGCAAGGAUCCAUCCAAGCUUAGCGACCAGAACUCCGGCAAGGCUCUGGGCAUCAUCACCAUUUCUGGAUUCUUCCCGGAGCACGAAGUCUCGCUGGCCGCCAUGGCCGCCGCAUCUCGAACCGCUCGAGGUGCACCUGAUCCUGCUACAGCUCCUCAGCUUCCAUUCAAACCCACAGAGGAAGGAUUGCUUGAAUACGACGGCGACCCUGUCCAUUCAUUUUACAACGACCUGCCGCUCCAGGAAGCCCAAAAGUGGGCCGCAGAGCUUGAGAACAUGUCCCAAUUCGUGUUCGCUACCGGCGGAGGUGUGUAUGCCGGCUGGAUGGAUGUACCUGUUUGGUACCUGCUGUGCGAGGCGGAUAAUAUGAUGGAACUGCCACAGCAACAAUCAUACGUCAAGAAAGCACGCGAUAGCGGUGGGGAUGUCACCACGCGAGAGAUUGAUGCCGGUCAUAGCCCCAUGUUGAGCCGGCCAGUUGAGGUCGCCAAAUUUGUGCAGGAGGCCGUGGCGUCUUUCAGUCGUUGA